AGUCUUCCACGCACACACACCGAAUCAGGAAUGCAUUUCGAUUAGUUUGGUCUGCCGGCUGGGGUUUGAGCCACGGUCCACAACGCGAGCUCCCGCCCGUCUACCCGCUGGAGACUCACCGAACUGCAAAAAGAAAAACCCAACUGAUCCGGCGCAGCAAGGUGCGAGUGCCAUGCUUGUCAGAGGGGUGAGGGCGUGAGGCGAUGGGCUGUACCUCUGCUAAGCAGGUGUCGGCCGUGCCCAGUGAUGAGGAGGGCCGGGGCAAGGCCUACAGCAAUGGGGACGUCUUCACCGACGAGUACAAGAUGAAAGGAGUGGAGGAGGUGAAGUACAUACGCGGAGAGGAGGACAGAGUGAACACACGCAACCAGGAGAACCUGGAGAAGAGUGCAAUUUCAUGCAGGGGAAAACAAAAGGAGGUCGCAGGAACUAAUGGCAACAAGACUAAUAUCCACACGUCAGAGAGCCAGCAGGAGUUCUUCAGGAUGCUGGAUGAGAAGAUCGAGAAGGGACGGGACUACUGCUCUGACGGAGAGGAGGAGGUGACAUAGCACAGCGGCCCUCGAGACCCUCCCCCUACGGCCCCCUUUCCCCUGUACCCAAGAGAGACAACUUGAGACCGUGUGAGAGUGUUUGUGUGUGUGUGUGUGUGUGAGUGAGAGAAAGGGAGAGAGAAGUUUGGCGUGUCGUUUUGGACCAAUGAGAACUUCCCCCAUUUGGGACAAGCCUGCUGGAUGGGAGGGGGGGGGGGGGUCCGUCUGUCCCCCUUUCCCUGUGUCCCGCACGAAGACACCUCUGCUCACCCCUCGCUCCCAAAGACAGAGAGGACUCUCAAAAUGGAGGGGGCUGUACAGUGAAAAUGGAGUGCAGUGGAAACGCGCUCUCUCUCUCUCACUUCCUGCCUUGUGCUCUCCGUCCUGUGAGACGGACUGCACGCGCUCAGUCCUGAGGGGGGGGGAGGGGGCGUCGCCU